GAAACAAAGUAUUGGUUGAGUUGCUUGUGGAGGGAAUUAAGCGUGGAUGACGUGAUUCUUGUGUUAACCGUGGAAAAUAAAAUACUACCAGUCCUCAAUGAAAGAUUUGGAUGCCAAAAAACAUAUACACAAUAUCAAAGCAGAAUAAAGUACUUGAAAGCCCAAUACCAAAGUUAUUUGGAUCUUCAACAUAACAGCUCUGGGUUCGGAUGGGAUUUUGAGACAAAAAAGUUUACAGCUUCUGAAGAAGUGUGGAGUGGAUAUUUAAAGAUCUUCAAAUUGUAUUUGAUGGUGCAACCGCCAAUGGUAGUAACACCCACUUGCAGAGUUGGUGAUGACCAAGUGAAAGAAACCUUGAUUUUUUGCGAGAGUGCCGAUGAUGGUAAUGAUGCAUCACCUUUUUUAGACAAAAAUCUAAAAGGUCAUGUCGAGAAAUUUACUCCAAGAAAGAGAUCUAGAACUGAAGCAUGCAACAAUUUAAAGGAGCUGAAGAGUGAUAACAAUGAUUUUGUGGUCACAGUGAGCAAUAAGAUCCUUAGUAUCACACAACAAAGAGAAGAAAGACAACAAAAAGAAGUUGAGCAAAGAGAAGCUGAGAAAAAGAAAAAUGGUGUUUGGGAUGCUAUGAAAGAGAUCACUAAUUUGGAUGAACAUACCAAAUUUAAAGCUGUUACCCUUAUCUAUUCCUUAGGAAUGAAAGAUGUCUUUGCCGAUAUAUCUCCAGAAGAACGUUAUGUAGUUGUUUUAUGCUUUUAUGUA